AUUUGUUGCCCAAAGAGCUCAUUUGUAGAAUAUAUCUUCUAAAGGGGCUAGAGUGUAAAAGUGGCACCCACGUGGCCGCGGCCCGCGUGCGAAUGUCAAAGGCCCGGCCGUGCCGCGCGCGCGGGGGGGCGCGAGCGGCAAAACGAAUAAGGUAAGGAGGCGCGCCAAAACCCACCGAUUGAUUCAAUUCGCGCGCACUCUCCCUCUUUGUUGCUAACUGCAUCCCGCGCAGAAAUCUAUGAAAUGAAGUGAAAUCCAUUCCUGAGCUGGAGUAGCCUAGAUCGCAUCUGCUUCUAGGAGAGAAAGAGGAGCAGAGAAGAGGGGAGAUCUGCAUCUGCCUGCCUUGACAUGGCGCCGCCGCCGCCCAGGAACACCUCUCCCCCCACCUCCGCCUCCAACAACAGCAGCAGCAGCAGCAGCAAGGCCAAGAAGAAGGCGGUCACCCCCGCCCAGGUCGCCUUCCUUGUCGAGCGCUACCUCGCCGACAACGGCUUCUCCGCCUCCCUCGCCGCCUUCCGAACCGACGCCGCCCACCUCUUCACCAAGGCCGCCCCCGUCCCCCCCAAGGGCCUCCUCCCCCUCUCCGACAUCCUCCACGACUACGUCGCCCUCAAGGAGGCCCGCCUCGCCGUCGACUCUGCAAUGCACGCAAUGCACAACCUCGUCUCGGCAUACUACCCCCAUCAUCCUCCUCCCCCCGCGCCGGCGCCCUCCUCACCCACGCAGUUCUUCGCCGCCUCAUCACCUCCAGCCGUCCCUGCUGGUGCUGGUGCUGUUGCUGGGUAUGCUUCGCCAAUCAUACGCUACACGCAGACAUCCUCCUCAGUUGUUGUCCACAACUCCAGCACAUCAGAGGCCAACGCCAUGUCCACACCAGCUCAGGCGCCAGCCGCAGCGCCUAUCUCGUUCCCUGCCAAGAAGAGGAAGGCGGCGACUACAAAGUCUGCUGCAAAGUCCAAGAAAACCUGCAUCGCGCCAACUAUCAGCUCGCAUCCAAAAGGUAAAACUGUGGCCUCUCAAUUGUCGCUUGAUAACUCAGAACGACAUUCAGCCAUGGCUAAGCUCCCUGUGCAAGGCUCAUCUGUUGCAAAAAGCUUAUUCAAUCCUCUCCAACCUCAAGUCCAUUCUUCUCCAUGCACACCUCAACAAAACAAUCCCAUCGUUGCUUAUCAAACAGAAAGGGCAUCAUCCUCCGUGGUUGCUAAUGCUCAUACCCAACAGGAGGUUGCUUCUUCUCAAUGCUCAAUGGUUUCUUCCAAGACUCUUAUCGUCAGUCCUCUCAAAGGUGCUGCAUAUUAUGCUGUUGAGAGAAGUUACCAUGUCAGCUCCCCCUUGAAACCAAGCUCCCACAAAUCAUCCAAAAGGGAGCAUGUCAAAGGGAAGCUGGAUUUUGGUACUUGUGAUGAUAGGCCAUGUUCAAAUGAAGCGAUUUGCGAAGAAGCCUCUACCUCCUCUGAUGUCGAGAAGCAAGAUGAUUUUGACAUCGACUUCACAAACCUAGACAUAUUUGAUGGCGAUUUUUCAUUCUCUGAGCUUCUAGUUGACCUUGAUCUUGACUCUGAAGGCGUUCAUUGCCUCAACCCUCCCACCAAUGCUGAAGUUCAAAGAUUGGAGGGUGUAGCAGAUCCUAUGAAGGCAAUGGCAGAAGAUCCCACGGAGGAUAUCAAUUCACAAGGAGCAGCAUCAGCAGUCACUUGUGUUAGAGCUAUAACUAAGAGGAUAAAGAUUGUUAGCCCUGUGAAGGGUCGUGCAGCCGCAGCUCCUUAGUUGAUUGAGCACAUGACAAUUGACAUAGGAUACGAGGAGGAUUCAGCAUACAUAACCGAAAGCAAAGGGAUCGAUGCGACGCUUCUAACUGACAUGAUCCAUAUAUCUAGAUGGCCAACCCAAGAUGAUGAUAUUUUUUUUGUUUUUUGAUUGUAGUGUAUUCUGCUACAUUUUAUCUAUAUGUUGCUUUGGACGGCAAGCAUGUAUCUUGAGUAGUUUUUAAUUCGCUAUGUUCAUCUUUUUAAAAAAAAAUUCUCACAUCACUUGCUAGCUAGAAAUGCCGUGGUGAUGCGGUGACUGGUGUAUAAUUACUGGUUAAUUCAUUCUGUGUUGUUAUUUUUGCUUU